AUGCCUAACCACCCCACCGCCAACCACCCUUAUCCACCAUCUCUCAAGACACAUCAGCAGGGACCCAAGCGAAUCCGCAUCGCAGUACCGCUAGAUAUGUCCCAGCGUCGGUCGAAGCAGGAAAUGCGCGCCAAAGGUUUCAAAGGGGCUUUUCACAUUUCACUCGCUGAAUCGCAUGAGGCCAGAGUAAGCGUAUCGUACCAUCGUGACUGUGUGCGAUAUGGGAUGACGCGGCGAAGCGAAUUACAGCAAUCGCAGACACUGUAUAAAAAAAAUAUCCUACAUGGGGCCUUGAGGUAG